ACACAGGUACCCGCGAACAUUCACACCUGGCGGUUUAUCUGAAGCUCAGCCUACAAGGCGUGGAAAAGCCAGGAUUUAUUUUCGACGCUGGAUUCCCAAUACAUCGCCCAUACUUGCAUAGUUCUUCGGAUUUUCCCAAACAAAGUGCAUUUAGCCUCCCCGGCUUUAUUGCGAGGAAUAUUGUUGUUGUUUUUUCUACUUGCUUCACUUGUCAUUUUGGAAGAAGAAUAAUGUAAAGCUUUCAUCGAAAUCGGUCUCUGGGGGUUUUGAUCGGUAGUCUGCCAGUUUACGAACAGAAAUCUUGAUCUGGCAUCGCGAGGUCGUUCCCGAAAGUGUGUCUGCAGCAGUACUCAAGUGGAUCAGAGGGAAAAAAAGGAGGGGGAGGUCAGACAGGGGGAAAAGUGAAAAAAUGGAGGGGAGGGCUUUGGUCCGUUUGUCCUUGCUGCUGUGUUUUGGCUCGGCUUGCUGUGAUUAUGCUCAAGACCAGUUCACCUCUGCCAGUGUCAUCAACAAUGUUGUUCAGGACCCUCACACGGGCCGGAUCUACUUGGGUGCUGUUAAUGCCAUCUAUCAACUAAACUCAAGCCUUCGACUGGAGAGCAUCACUGUGACAGGCCCUAAAUUCGACCACCCACACUGUACUCCCCCAAUCACUACUCAAUGUAAUAACGCAAAGGAAACUGACAACAUCAACAAACUCCUGCUGGUCAAUUCUGCCAAUGGCACCUUGGUCGUGUGUGGUAGUGUUUUUAGGGGCAUCUGCUCCUUGAUGAACCUCAACAGCGUGGAGAAAUCGGUGUACUACAGUGACACCAAAGGUGAGAAGACAUAUGUGGCGAGUACUGAGGAGUCUGUUGCUGUGGUGGGGGUAAUUUCGUAUUACAUAGACAUUAAUUCCAAUGCAAAACUCAGCGUGUUUCUAGUGGGGAAGGGUUACGGUAGCUCGGACAGUUCAAAACUUGUCAGUACUCGGUUGCUGCAGGAGCAUGAUGAAAUGGAUGUCUUUGAGAACAUUGUUGAAGCAUCCACAGUGCAGGCCAGCCCCUUUGUUCAACGCUACGUCCAUGACUUUCGCCAUGCCUUUAAGGAUAACGGCUAUAUAUACUUCCUGUUCUCACGCAGUUCGGGCACCAUUGAAAGUAGAAAGAUCACUUUCAUAGCACGCCUAUGUGAGAACGACCAUCAUUAUUAUUCCUAUACCGAGCUACAGCUCAACUGCACAGUCAAAACUGAACUUCAAGAAAACACAUAUAACAAAGUCCAGGCAGCAUAUCUGGCCACCCCUGGAGAAGUUCUGGCUCAGAAUAUCACUCCUUCAAAUCCAAAAAAUAAAGUUCUUUUUGCAGUGUUCAGUGCAGAUGAGGACAGUAGCCGAUCAGCUUUGUGCAUGUACCCGCUCAGCAGCAUCAAUGCAAGACUUGAGGAGGUGAUUGAGUCCUGCUACACCGGAGAAGUUUUGGAGGAUGACAAACCAAAAACUGUUUAUUCGCCCUACAUCUCCAAGCCAGAGGCCAUCUGUAAGACCAAAAGAGAUAAGAACAUGGUGAAGGAUUAUAAAUGUGGAGCAGAGUUCCUGCCCACACCACUAGCCAGUAAACCCGAAUAUGCUCUUGCCGUUAAACCCAUCUUUACCCGAAAGGACAUGCUGGCAGCAGUUGCUGUGGCAGUGGAGAACGAGCACACUGUGGCCUUCUUGGGAACCAGUGGGGGAGAAGUGUUAAAGGUGCAUCUUGAUUCUAGUCAUUCAGUAAUUUAUCACAGGAUUCCAGGAGAACGCAAAGAUGGUGGGGUGAACAAAGCCCUCUUUUUUGAUUCCAGUUUGGACCACCUUUACAUCACCAUUGGCAGAAAGAUCACCAAAGUGCCAGUGCAGACCUGUGAAGAGAAGAAAGACUGUAAUUUGUGUGUAUCCCAGCAGGAUCCAUUCUGUGGUUGGUGUGUGUUGGAGGGGCGCUGUACCAGGAAGAAGGACUGUAGCAGAGGAGAAGAGGAAAAUGCCUGGCUGUGGAGUCCAAAGAAAACGUGUGUCACCAUUCAGUCUUUUAAGCCCCCAAACAUCAGCUGCAAGAAGACAGAUAGUCCAAAGGUAGAAAUUGACAUCCCCUCGCUUCCCAGUAUCAACAGUCGUGAUAGUCUUAAGUGUUUGUUUGGUAAAUACAGUAGCCUCGCUACUAUGUAUCAUUCACGAGUCAUCUGUGAUCUCCCGUCAUCACCACACAUACCGGCCACACCUGAGACGCAAGAUUUUGUGGCUGUACCAGUGAGGAUCAUGGUUAAUGACAACAUUGAAGUUGCUUCCAGUACAUACGAUUUUUACAACUGUGCUGCGGUGGUGAAGACAGCACAGAAUAGGCCAUGCAAUAUGUGUGUAACCAGUAAGUGGCGAUGCCAGUGGAACAUUCAGAAGCACACAUGCAGUGAUACAGAUAGCACUGUAGAGGGCGAUCAUAUCAUCAAACAUCGGGAGGAUGGCAAGUGUCCACAGUUUGAGAUGCCAGAACCUCAACUCAUUCCUGUUGGCAUCAAAACACCCAUCACCUUUCAGGGCAAAAACCUGAAGGAAUAUUCGGGCAAAACCUUUCAGAUUGGCACUGAGCACAUGAAACAGGUGGGAGAGGUGAUUGUGAAGGCUGAAGGGUUAAAGUACAGUUUUGAAGGAUAUGAGUUUGCUUAUGACAAAGAGCCAGAGGUGAAUGUGACAUUCUACAUAAUGGGUAAAAACAUGGAGAGGAAGAUUGACAGCACCCUUAGAGUGGUCCUCUACAACUGUUCUGUAAGGCGUGAGGACUGCAGUCUGUGUAAGAACACUGAACAGAAGUAUGACUGUGUGUGGUGCAAUACCACAAAAUCCUGCAUCUACAGACGGCUGUGUAGACAGGAACUUGAACAGUGUCCUCCACCCAAGAUCAAUGAUAUUGUUCCACGGUAUGGGCCAAUAAAUGGGCAAAUCUCUGUCACCAUCAAGGGCUCCAACUUGGGCAUCAAACAAGAGGACAUUAAGAGUAUCACUGUGGCAGGAGUGCAAUGUGUUCAUCAACCCGAGAGAUACUCUGUCUCUACCAGUGUUGUGUGCAAGAUUGGGCCCCACCCCUUAGGACCCCCCGAUGACUUGUCCAAUCUGCUCACCCUAGAAGGACCAGUGGAAGUGGAGGUGGAAGGAGGGAGAACAGGAAAGUCUUAUGUGAAUUUCAAGUACAGGGACCCUGUUCCCAAGGAUGUGUACCCCUCUAAAGGCCCUGCAGCUGGGGGAACCAACAUCACUAUCACAGGGCAGGACCUUGAAACGGCUAGUAAAGAUGACAUCAGCGUCACAGUAGGAGGAGAGCCUUGUGAAGUGUUGACAUUUGGGGGGGAGAUUAUCUGUAAAACAGGCCCUUAUAAAGGACAAAAGAUUCCCUCUGACAAGUUGACUGUUGUUGUGAAAUAUGGCAAGGACACCUCCAAAGAAGUCAGCGGAUUUGAAUACUCAGCCAAUCCAAAAGUUGUAGAUUACACUCCACGUGCCAGCUUUGUUUGUGGAGGUCGUAAGAUCUUAGUGGUGGGAUCAGGAUUUGAUCAAGUGCAGAGAGCAACCAUGCGAGUGCUGCCCUCUUCUGACGAGCUCAAUCAAAAGUCCAGCAAUGUGGAGUUUGUACAGGAGGUUACAAGCAAGAAUGAGACUGUACUGGAGUUCCUCUCUCCGAUUGUGAACAAGUCAUAUGAGAACCAGUCCUUAAGAACCAUCAUCCAGCUUGACAACUUGGUGGAGAACCUGAUGGAGUUCGUCUAUCAUCCAGACCCCACGUUUGAGCGUUUGACCGAUAAAGCCAUCACGGAAGGCAGCAUUAUCAACAUUAAUGGUCAAGGUUUUUCCAAAGCCAUGACUGCCAUAGAAGCCAAGGCGUUUGUGGGCGAUGAGCCUUGUGCAGUGACAAUCCUGGAGGAUGAUAAGCUGUUUCUAGUGGCCCCCUCCAGACGCCAUCGCAGAGACACAAGUUCAGAGGCUAUGAAACUGCUGAUACAAUUCGGAAAAGGAGAGUGGGAUGUUGGCUCUGUGCACUUUGAGAGGAAAUAUGAGGUUCCUCUUUACAUCAUCAUUCCUGCUGUCAUUGUUCCAAUGGUGCUCUUCAUUGUGGCGUCAAUCUAUUGCUACAGGAGAAAAAGUCAGCAAGCAGAAAGGGAGUACGAGAAGAUAAAAAAUCAGCUGGCCAAUCUCGAGGAAAGUGUACGUGAUCGCUGUAAAAAGGAGUUCACAGAUCUAAUGAUUGAGAUGGAAGAUCACACUAGUGAUCUAAGCGAAGCUCGGAUCCCAUUCCUGGAUUACAAGAACUACACGGAUUGCGUUUUCUUCCUGCCCUCCCAAGAUGGAGCAAAUGAUGUCAUGAUCACCGGCAAGCUGGAUAUCCCAGUAUCACGCAGAGGCAUCAUAGACCAUGCACUCAACCAGUUCUCCAACCUCCUGAACAGCAAAACCUUCCUCAUCAAUUUCAUUCGUACUCUGGAGAGCAAGCAGGAGUUCAAUGCCAGGAAUAAGGUGUACUUUGCAUCCCUGUUGACGGUGGCUCUACAUGGCAAAUUGGAGUAUUACACAGACAUCAUGAGAACGCUCCUGCUGGAGCUGAUGGAGGAGUAUGUUCACAGCAAGAACCCCAAACUCAUGCUUCGCAGGUCUGAGACAGUCGUGGAGAGGAUGUUGUGUAACUGGAUGUCCAUAUGUCUCUAUCAGUUUUUGAAGGACUCCGCUGGUGAGCCGCUGUAUAAGCUCUUUAAGGCCAUUAAACACCAGGUGGAAAAAGGACCAGUUGAUGCCAAGAUGAAGAAAGCCAAAUACACUCUGAACGACACAGGACUUCUUGGAGAUGAUGUUGAGUACAUAGUCUUGACCCUACAGGUGCUGGUUCAUGGCGAGGGUCCCGACGUGACACCUGUCAAAGUACUGAACUGUGACACCAUCUCACAGGUGAAGGAGAAGAUCAUUGAACAGGUGUACAGAAAUCUGCCAUACUCUCAGAGACCAACGGUGGACUGCGUCGCUCUCGAGUGGCGCCCCGGAUCUACUGGGCAGAUACUGUCUGAUUUGGAUUUGACAUCACAGAAGGAAGGGAGAUGGAAACGUCUCAACACGCUGGCCCAUUACAAUGUGAGAGACAGUGCCACACUGGUUUUGUCCAGAGUUCUGCACACUCAGAAGUCUUUUGACCAGCACCAGGACAACCAUGAAGAGAGAAAUGCUUUGCUGGAGGAUGAUAAAGUAUUUCACCUGGUUAGACCUGCAGAUGAACUUGAUGAAGUGAAAUCAAAGAGGGGUAGUAUGAAAGACAAGGCCACUACGAAAGCCAUCACUGAGAUCUACCUGACCAGACUGCUCUCGAUGAAGGGCACGCUGCAGCAGUUUGUGGAUGAUUUCUUCCGCAAUGUGUUGUGUUCUGUAAAUGUGGUUCCUCCUGCAGUCAAAUAUUUCUUUGACUUCCUGGACGAACAAGCGCUAAAGCAUGACAACGUCGAUGAAGAGACCAUCCACAUAUGGAAAACCAACAGUCUUCCUCUGCGGUUUUGGGUGAACAUUUUGAAAAAUCCGCACUUCAUCUUCGACGUUCACGUGACGGAGGUGGUGGACGCCUCUCUAUCCGUCAUCGCCCAGACCUUCAUGGAUGCCUGCACCAAGUCUGACCACAAACUGACCCGGGAGUCCCCAAGCAACAAGCUGCUAUAUGCGAAAGAAAUCUCCACUUACAAGAAGAUGGUUGAUGAUUAUUACAAAGGCAUCCGUCAGAUGGUUCCAGUCAGUGACCAGGACAUGAACACGCACCUUGCAGAGGUUUCACGUUCUCACACAGAUAAGUUGAACACUCAAGUUGCAUUACACCAGCUUUACCAGUAUGCCAGCAAGUACUUCGAUGGGAUUAUUUCGUCUUUGGAAGACGACCCUGCCGCCCAGAGCAAACAGCUGACCCUCAGACUGCAGCAGAUCGCUGCUGCAUUGGAGAAUAAAGUGACUGAUCUUUAAUGUCAAGAAGCAGAGACUCGCUGGGGAGAAAGAAGACGGACGUGCCAAUAAAUUCAAGACAAAGCCCACUUCAGUGGGCUACAAAACUUCCAGAGGACUCAAAAAUUAUGGAGCCUCCACUGCAUGAACGAGAAUCUAGGGAGCGCACAGACUUAUCCCUGACCUUUCCUCUCCACAUGGCAUUCAGAUUUGCUCUUGGUUCAGAGGGACCAAUAUAAACUCUGACCAGAUGGGUACUUGAGAAACUUUUGAGGAAAAAUGAAAACUCUCUAUGGUACUUCUCAGAUCAGCACAUGCACAAUGAAAAACAUCCAGCAAUUAUUUUUUCUCCUCUGCCAAUAAUCAGAUGUUCAGUAUAUUCUUCAUGUGUAGAUGAAAUGAAAGAAUAGUAUUAUAUGUAGAAAUAUUUUUACACUAAAGGCUACAAGGGGCUUUUAAACAAAAUGAGACAUUGGAUAUUGUUUCUGUGGAUGCCUAUUUUGUUUUCCUGUGAAUUUUUAUGUGCCACUCUCAUUCCUGUGCGGUGAUAAUGUCACAUCCUGCGGGUUCUAUGGUACCACUAUGAUUUUGUAUAGGUGUUUGUGAUGCUGAUGACAAAGCCAGGCUUCAUUUGUCCCUCCCAAGUAUUUUUGAUGUAUUUUUACUGGUGAAUGCAUACAAUAAUGUCAUAGUCGGUUUCUAUUUUAGCCACGAUAAAUACAGUAUCAGCGCGAAAAACGGACGUUAUGAUCACUGAGUGACUGUUCAUGUCCAAAACAGUGAAAGCACAUUUGAUAAAGCAGUUUACAGUUUUAUCUGUUUUGCACAGUCUUUCUUUUAUAUCUGCACUGCAGCAUAUGGCUUGGCUUUUCAUUUUAUGGCACAAGUAUGAUUUUGUAUUUUAAAUCAAGAAUAUAAGAUUGAUUAGUUCAAGGCAUGUGUUGCUGAUUGCCUUUAUUAAAAAUUGCAAUUCUGUCAUUACUUACUCACCCUCAUAUUGUUCCAGUUGGAAAAAGAGCUGCGUCAACAUUCUUCAAAAUGUCUCUUGUGUUUCACGGAAGAAAGAAAGCAAUAUGGGUUUUGGAAUGACAUUAGGGUGAGUAAAUAAUGACUGAAUUUUCAUUUUUGGGUUUUCCUUUUUUACAGAGAUCUGUUUAACAGACACAUAUGAAAGAGGGCUCACAGCACAUGCGAUCUUCAGAUUUGACAAAAUCUGAAUGUUUGUGGCUUUCUCAUUAUUUGCCUUAACAGCAGUUGUUGGGACUGAGACUUGGAUGCCAGUUAAAUCAAGAUAUCUCAAGAUGUCAUCAAUAUCAGUUUAGUCUCUUGGUACUAUUUUAUCUUAUCAUGGAUACAGGCUUAGAGUGUACCAAAGUUGAAAGGCUUUUUAUUUCUCAGCUAUUCACAAUCAUCUGUAGCCUUUGUUGUUUUAAUUUUUUUAUAUGUUGUUUCUUGAAGUUGUUUGAAUCAGCGUUCUGUCUCUUAUGUGCCAAACACCACACGCUGAUGACCACACAAAUGAGGACUGUAUUCUUUGUUCAUAAAUGUUAUUAUGUGCGUGACUUGUUGCCUUUGGUUCUGAUUUAAAGCAUGUGACAAAUGCUCAUCGCAGCCAAUCUGAGGCUGGCACCGCCCUUUCUGAGCAUGAUGGAAACAGCAGGAAAUGCCUUUGAACUGUAAAUAUAGCCAGACUGCCAAGUUAAAAUCGUCAUAUUGCUCUUCUCUUCCCACUUGCGAUCUGUUGUCUAGCAAUGACCGUGUCAAUGGCUUAUUGUAAAGAUUCUUGUUUGCCUUUCUUUACCAGGUAGUGCCUUAAAGAAUACAAGUAAUAAUGAUUGUGUGGUGAUUAUGUCUGCAUUAAAAUAACCGCAAUAGAGACAUUAGAUAUGUUUCUAUGUCUUUGUGUAAUAACAUAUCAGUAACACAUGAGUAGUUGAUGCAUAACCUGUUUUUAGAUUUGAGGUUCAAAUUUAUAUGGCUGUAUUAGUGAAAGUGCUUUUGUUAAGAUCUCUGUACUGAUUAGCAUUUCUUUCCAGUUUCUCAAACAGUUUUAAUCCCUUUUUGCCUUGACAAGUUAAUUUCAGUCCUGCAGUGUGUCAAACGAUUUUAAAUUUUAAAGUACAAUAUUCCAUGUGUAUUUUUUAAUAAUUUAUUAAUAUGAGGUCAUAACAGCUACAUGCAUAAUUAAAAAAGGAAAUGAGCAAAAAGUAAAAUAAAAAAAUUAUAAAAAACAACACUUCAGUUUCACAAUGCAGGACAUGUUAACUUCCCAAAUAUAUUUGAUCUGGACUACCUGAAAUUAACUUUUCAAGACUUCUUUAAAAACAAAAUGUUCAGCCGGGCUGUUGAAUUGAGAGAUGCCUGUCAGCAUUCUGGUAAUGAUGCAUUAUAGAGCUUAUAAAGGCUGAGGAAUAGCACCAGAAUAACUACAAGCCCCUGUUGUAAGUUAUGUCUUUUUAAGCUUAUUUGCUUCAUUUUUAAACUGAAAGAAAUGGAAAUGUUAAAAUUAAGGAAAAGUUAAGAGACCGCUAAGGUUUUGCAAUUACUAAUUAAAGUAUAGCAACAAGAAUACAUUAUUAAAUACUGAACACUUAAAUAGUAAAUGACAAUUUAAAAAAACUGGGGCUCAAAUAAUACACAAGUUUUGCACAAGUGCAUUUAUAAAAGUAUAAGCUUUACAUUUCUGCAUUUAAACCCUGCAGAAAUCAUCCCCAUUCACUUCCAUUGUAAGUGCCUCAUUGUAAACUAAAUUUUUGCUUUAAAGAGAAAAAGACUUAAUUUUUUUAUGGUAAUCGGCAUUAUGCCACAUGCUGUUGAUUGACCAUAACUUAUAUUGAACCUAAAAUAUUUCUUUAAAGGCACAAAACACAUAUUUGGAAUGAGAACUAUAAUAUAUGCUAGAUAUUAUGUUACAUGGCUUGAAAUUGAGCUAAAUUGCUUAUUUUAGCCUGCCCCACUUUAAAGGUUUUGACCUUGUUUGCAUCAUACAACAGUGACAUACAUUUUUGUUGUAGCAAAAAUAGAUAUGAACAGAUUCAAUCCCUAUGUUGUGCUCUUUUCGUGAAAGUGUAUUUUCCAUUAAUGCCAAAGAUUAAUUAUCAGUGAUUGAAUGUGGCAGUUUGCGAAUAGCCACAUUGAUGACCCUUAACAUCUUUU